AUGUUGGCAUUUCGGCCGAUUAGUCGAAAUAAUUUCAACUACGUUUUGCGUCGUUACAGCACAUUCAAUACUAGCAGAUACGAAGACUUCGUUGCACAACGCAGGAUGGAAGCACGUGCAAUCGCUCGUCCCGAUCCUGUUAUUAAAAUCAUCGACAGCCCUGAGUUCCGUUCGAUAUUCACACAGGAAUUGAAUGAUUUAAUUGCACUGUUUAAACGGUACAAUUAUGAAAUCCGCAUUGCUGGCGGUGCAGUUAGAGACAUCCUUAUGAAUAUAAAUCCAAAAGAUGUAGAUAUUGCCACUACCGCUACUCCAACAGAAAUGAAAGAGAUCUUCACAAAAGAAAAUAUUCGGAUGGUGAACAUGAACGGCGAAAAACAUGGCACAAUUACUCCUCGGAUAAAUGACAAAGAAAACUUUGAAAUAACAACUCUCCGCAUUGAUGCAGUUACUGAUGGACGACACGCUGAAGUCAUUCACACUACAGACUGGUUGCUGGAUGCCAACAGAAGGGAUUUGACCAUCAAUUCAAUGUUCUUAGGCUUCGAUGGUACAUUAUACGAUUACUUUUAUGGCUAUGAAGAUGUGCUUAAAAGAAAGGUGGCGUUUGUGGGUGACCCUGACUUACGCAUCAAAGAGGAUUAUCUUCGCAUAUUACGUUAUUUUCGCUUCUACGGUCGUAUAUCUGCGGAACCCAACUGCCAUGAUGAAGAAACGUUACGCGUUAUAACGAAAAAUGCACCUGGAAUGGCAAAAAUUAGCGGAGAGCGAAUUUGGCAAGAAUGGAAAAAGAUUCUGUCUGGAAAUUUUGGCAUCGAGCUAACGGAAACAAUGGUUAAAUGUCAAUUAGCUCCUUACAUCGGUUUGCCAGCUUCACCUAACGUUGACGAGCUUAUACGGGUUUCGAAACUGGUUGCAGCCAUUGAUUCAAAUCUGCAACCCAUCACUGUUUUGUCAGCUUUACUCAACUCGCCGGAAGAUGCUGUUAAUCUAAACAUGCGCCUCAAAUUUACUGUCUACGAACGUGAGUUGUGCUAUUUUUUGACACAAAAUCGUGAUGAAACCGAACACAUUGACGAACUAUUGCCUUUUCAGCAGCUUUGCCUUCAAACCAUAGGCAACGUCAAGCUUAAAAAGGAACACGUCCUAGAAUUACUAAAGUACCACGGCAAGCGGAAUCUAUACCAACAACUGAAGUAUUGGUCUAUCCCACUUUUUCCUAUCAAAGGAAUCGUAUUAAUAGCAAAUGGAGCUCCCAAAGGUCCUAAAUUAGGCAUAGUCAUGGAUAAAUUGAAAAUCAUCUGGUCCAACAACCAGUAUAGCAUGACCGAAGAACAGCUUCUAAAGCAUUUACCUGCUGUGCUAGAGGAAGUACAAUCCCAGAAAAAAUAAAGUUACAUAUUUCAUUAAUAUUCGAUGUAAUUAAUUUUAUACGGUAC